CGCUCCGACUCCCAAUUCCAGCUGAAACAGAGAUUGCUCCUCUUUUCCGUUCUUUUUUUCACUAGGCUUAUAUAGGCUAAGCUCUCUUCUCGGGAAUUCGUCUCAGCUCCGUUACUUCGUAGAGCUCUCCACACAAGACAAAUCCGCCUGAAUUUCUGCAUUGGAAGACCAAGUUUGAGCUCAAUUUCGUAAGGAGAAUCCUCGCGCGGCGUGACAUUGGAUGCAAGAUAAGCUUCACCGGUCUCCGGGCGGCAAGUGCAAGGGCAACCACUAGGUUAUAGGAGUAAGCUAUGAGGAGCGUAUGCAUGAAAAUUUCGUAGCUGGAUAAUGCCAGGCAUCCCUUUAGCAGCUCGUCAAACUUCAUAUUCAAGAAGUGCAGAUCAGAUGUGCCGUCAAGACUCCCAGGUGCAUUUAUCUGCUGAAGAGGAACUUUCUGCUGAAGAGAGUCUCUCAAUCUAUUGCAAGCCUGUGGAACUCUACAACAUUCUCCAGCGCCGUGCUGUCGGAAAUCCACUGUUUCUUCAGAGAUGUCUGAGCUACAAGAUACAGGUGAAACACAGAAGGAGGGUACAAAUGACAAUUUCUCUGCCAAGGACUACAACUGAUGGUUUUCAAUCAGGAAGAGUGCUUCCUAUGUAUGUAUUGUUGGCGAGAUUAGAGUCAGAGGUUAACAGUUUGGAGCAUUCUGCAGAAUAUCGCUAUAGCCGUGCGUGUGUCUUGACCAGUUUCAUGGGAGCUGAGGAUGAUACCCAUAGUCAGGCAAAUUUUAUUCUUCCCGAGAUCAAUAAACUAGCAUUGGAGGCCAAAUUAGGCUCGCUUUUCAUCUUGCUUGUGUGCUAUGCGGGACCUGAAAAAUCUCUUUAUGGAAAUGAUACAACCAAAACUCAACUGGAUGUAGCAGCUUAUCAACGAAAUGCUCCUGGAUUCUGUGUUUUGGGAAAGAUACCGAUGAAAUCUCUUUAUUUAUUGUGGGAGAAGUCACCGAACCUGAGUUUAGGACAAAGAGCAGAGGUUACCUUUUCUGUUGAUAUGCACACUUGCUUGGUCAAGUGGAGACACUUAAAUGAGGACAGACACAUAUCUGUGCAAGUUCCAUAUAGCUCUGAAAUUCUGAGUGCACGAGAGCGUCUACAUGUAAUCGUCGCUGCUGAAGAGGUUGGGGCAAAGGAGAAAUCACCGUAUAAUUCAUCCAUGUGCAAUGAUGUCAUCUCUUCAUCAUUCUCUCAUAUAAUGCGCUUGAGGGCCGGCAAUGUUAUUUUCAACUACAGAUAUUUCAACAAUAAGUUGCAAAGGGCGGAAGUGACCGAAGAUUUCUCCUGUCCUUUCUGCUUGGUCAAGUGCGCAAGUUUCAAGGGUCUGAGGUAUCAUUUGUUGUCAUCACAUGAUCUCUUCAAUUUUGAGUUUUGGGUAACUGAAGAGUACCAGGCCGUUAAUGUGUCUGUAAGAACAGAUCCUUGGAGGUCUGAGAUUGUUGCCGAUGGUAUGGAUCCAAGGCUGCAAACGUUUUUCCGCUGCUUAAAGCCAUUCAAGAGGAAAAGAUCACUCCACCUAGUUCAAAAUUCCAAGCAUGUCUAUCCACUGAUCUUGGAAUCAGAGUUGCCUUCAGGAGUGACAAGUGCCACAGGACAGUCAUAUGCUGACACUGAUUGUGUUCAAUCAAUGUCUGCCAACAAUUUUGCACCCCCUGCGAUGCUUCAGUUCGCAAAGACGAGGAAGUUAUCGAUUGAGCGAUCUGAGCCGAGAAACCGUCUCCUCUUGCAAAAGCGGCAGUUCUUUCAUUCACAUCGAGCUCAGGUGAUCCAAAGACAUGAGUUUUUUUUAAUUCUAUUCCAUGUGGAUCAGUUUAUAUUUGAAUUUUUUAUAACCCCUGUUUCCUGGUUCUUGAAGCCUAUGGCAGUUGAACAAGUGAUGUCUGAUCGAGAUAGUGAGGAUGAAGUUGAUGAUGAUGUGGCUGACUUUGAAGAUCGAAGGAUGCUUGAUGAUUUUGUGGACGUGACCAAAGAUGAGAAGCAAAUGAUGCAUCUAUGGAAUUCAUUCGUGAGGAAGCAAAGGGUGCUGGCAGAUGGUCAUAUUCCUUGGGCAUGUGAGGCAUUUUCAAAAUUGCAUGGAAAUGACCUUGUCCGUGCACCUGCACUUAUUUGGUGUUGGCGACUCUUUAUGAUCAAGCUUUGGAAUCAUGGCUUGCUUGAUGCCCGCACCAUGAACAAUUGCAAUAUCACCCUAGAACAAUGCCAGAAUCAAGGGUCAGAUCGCAUGGAAAGCUAGACAGGAAAUCCAUGGCGACACAUCCAUGGCCAAUGAGCGUGGAGCAAGAGGGAUAAUAGAAAUGCAGACAAUUAUCUAACUCUCAUUGGGGAGACUCUGCAUCCAUUUUCUCGGAGGUUUUCUUUUCUUAUUUAGUGUGAGGCAUCCCAGGGCCCAAUUGUAUCUGUAAGUAUGCUCUGUCCUUCUUCGUGCAACUUUGACAAGUCAUCAAUGUUAUAUCUACAUGGAAAGUAAUCCGUUUGAUGGAAAGCAUCAGACACAUUGUCGAAAAACAAAGCAAUCAUUUUAUCAUAC